AUGAGAAACCCCAAAGAGAAGCCUAUACUUGCUCCAGAGGUUCCACCAGCAAAGGCAGCGCCUUCUGAAACCGAGGUUGUCCCUAAAGCUAAAGCUAAGGCAAAUCAGCAGCCAAAGGAGGAACCAAAAGCCACGGAAAGAAGAGGAGCAAGAGAAGAAAGCAAGAAGAAAUCCGGAGGCAACACAGAAGCGGAGGCCGUCUCUGAGGAAGGUCCAGAAGCUUCUGACGCUGAGAAGGAGGAGACUGAAGCUCCAGUGGAGGAGAAACCACAGAAGGAGAAAGUCUUCAAGGAGAAACCGAUAAGGAACAGGAUCCGCAGUAGAGGAGGAACCAGAAACGCUCCCAAGAGCGAUCCUCAAGCGCGUAAUAAUGGUGGCCGUGGACUCCGACCUCGAUUGGACCCCCCGAUGGCCGUGGCUUCCACCAAUGCCGACCUGCAUGGUGCUGAUAACAACGAGUUCUCAUCGAUGCUUCACAAAGCUUUGGAAGGUGUGAUAAUGAUGGAGACGUUUCCAAAGACAACCGUUGAUGUUUUUGCAUUGGUGCUUGAAUCUGGAGGCAGUGACCUCCCCGUUGUGAUAUCAUGUGCUAGUCUUGCUCUAGCAGAUGCCGGAAUUAUGACGUAUGACCUCAUCACAGCUGUUUCAGUGGACUAUGCAUGGGUGAGGAGAGGGAUGAUCUUCCCUUUUGUGGAUUACGUUGCCAGGUUCCAGGAACAGUCUGAGCUGCAAGGGUGCAGCCCUGGGGAUUUUCAGAAGGCACUUGAAGAAGCAUUCACUGAGAAGUUGAUGCAUGAUAUUCACAUGGCUGUUGGUAACUCGACUUUUAACGAUUCUUUCUACAGAUGGAUUCAAGAAACCGCGGCCUCAAAUCGGGAUCUUACUAACAAUGCUCCAAGCCAGGCAAGUGUCUCUGCCUGUGAUGCAAUUUUUUUGCAACAUGUUCGUUAUAGGAUUUUGUUCUAG